ACCCAAAUCUGCCCAGAACGAGGAUUUGGCUUCUCCCAGCGUUUUUGGGGCACGGAGCACAACCCCGCGCUUUGAAUAAUUUCCGACCGAAGGAGAUAAAAGGCAAAGGUUCGACUCAUUCAGCCCCCAAAAAACAGGAAAUGAGAAGCCCGGGGGUGAAGAUCUUCCUGUCAGCACCUGCUCUGAACCCUGGAGCCGCGGAGGCUCCGUGAUCCCGGGAUGGGCUCCGGGGCUUGGCUCCAGCUGCUCCUCACCCUCGGAGCUCUUUGGGGGAUCGGAGCCAAGGAAACGGUGCUGGGAAUUUUGGGAGAGGCGACGCUCCUGCGGAUCCCCCGCGAGCUGCAGGAGCGCACCGAGCAAUUCGGGGAAGCCUCCUGGAAAAAAAUCAUAAAGGAGCCCCUGACGAAGAAAUUCUUGGUGAAGAUUUCCGGCAGGAAUCACUCGGAAUUCCAGCCAGAGCGGAUGCGCUUCCGCGAGCAGAACUUUUCCUUGGAAAUCCUCAACACCAGCCGGGAUGACCAGAGGCUCUACGAGUACAGCGUCAACAAAGGGUCGGAGGAGGAGGUCUGGCAGAUCCAGCUGGAAGUGUUUGAGCCGGUGGCCGACCCCAGCAUCCGGAUCCUCCAUCGGGAAUCCUCCAACGGGAGCUGCUCGCUGGCGCUGAACUGCUCCUCGGAGCGGGGGGACAAUGUUUCCUACAGCUGGGACGGCCGGGACAACGGCACCGGGGGGAUCUGCUCCGGGAACGGCAGCGUCCUGCGCCUCUCGUUCCCCCUGCGGAGCGCGGCCUUCGGCUGCGUCUGCACCGCCCGCAACCCCGUCAGCAGCCGCCACGCCGCCUUCGACGCGGCCCACUGCGGCUCCGAGCAGAGGGGUGUCCCCAGGGUGAGGACAGAGCUCCUGGUGCCACUGGUGGUGCUCGGUGUCAUCGUCAUCAUCAUCAUCAUUGUCAUCAUGGCCAUUGUCACCUCCAGGGCCACCUGCUCGGCCAAACGUGACCCAGACCCCUCCCAGAUCACCCCGGACCCCUCCCAGGUCACCCCGGACCCCUCCCAGGUCACCCCAGCCAGCGCCACCAUCUACGCCCAGGUGCAGCGGGUGCAGAAGCCCAAAGGGACCGUCCCCAGCGCCACCGCCCUGUCCUGCACCACCAUCUACACCGCGGCCACCGGGCCACCCCCGGCCCCCGACGGAGCCCCCCGGUCCCCAGCCGGGUCCCCAACCCCGCGGGGACGCCCCCCGCUGUCCCAGGAGCCCACCACGGUUUAUGCCAGCGUGACCCUUCCCGUGGCCUGAGCCUCCCCGGGAUCCUCCCCGGGAUCCGCUCCCGGCUGGAAUGGCCGCUGAUCCCGGGGGAUCCUUUGGGGAUCCCUGAGCAGCCCCAGAAGAACCGGGGGGAGCUCUCGGCGUGUCCGGUGUCGGAUGCUCCAACGAGGACACGGGCAAGGAGCCCCCCCAUGCUGCUCCUCUGCGUCGCCUGCAUUUUAUUCUUUCCUCUCACUCGAGGGAGGAUGCGAGCACUGAAAGAAGCGAUACCUCACCGGGGCAGAUGUUCACCUGGCCGCAGCCCCUGCCCGAUGGCCUCUCCUCUCCCCUGCCCGCUGGUUGUGGGGGAAUCCCAGCGGUGGCAGAAUCUUGUCCGAGCCGGCUCGGCCCGGGGCUGCUCCCGGGGCCCGGCGGACCCGGCCCGGGGCUGC